UCCGGUUGUGUUGAUGCAUCCAUAAUCAUAUUCUGCAUGUAUAUUUGAUUGUAUGAUACACUCACAUUGUCAGUGUAUUCAAGAUGAACAACUUGUUUGACCCCUAAAACUCUAUGUCCGUUGACUGAUAAACAAUUCUACGAAAUCUUUCAGUGAUUCUAUUAUAUUUGUGUUAUUAUAUUGUGUAUACUCGAAACUUGUUCAUUGUGCUUAUGAGCAAAAAAAUGUUGAUUAAACUAACUUAGCAUCAUAUGUAAAAAAAUCAUUUGGGAAUCACUUCAACUGAAAAACUACAGCAACAGAAUCCCAUAUAUUCUUCAUAUACCAAUAUGAAGUUCGUAUUUACGUUUAAUUGUGGUUUUGGUAUAUGCAAAAUUUUUCUUUCGAUAAUGCAAUCGUGGCCAAGUUAUAUCAGUUAGUUUUCUUUCCGUUCUUCAUUCGCAUCGAUUCAUCUUUUUUUUAUAUAUAUUCGUCAGAGAUGAUUUCCUUAAAAUUCAAUGUAUUUUAUUCGUUCCGACCUGAAUGAUUCUUGUAUAGUCUUCAAUUCUGAGAAAUUCUUUGUCUACACAUUAAUAUUGGCUUUAAUACAUACCACAUUAUUCUUUACAUUACGUUAUCAAUUGAGAAAAAAUCGAAUCAAUUUCCGUAACAACAACAAUGACAAUGGCUUAUAUCGGUUUUAUUCUGUAUAUCGAUUCUUUUAAUUCCAUUUCCUCAUUUACCAAAUUUAUUCAUUGGCGCAUUCAUUGAAUUUUUUGAUUUUACCCAGUGUUUUACCGGAUCUGUAUUUAUCUAAUCUUUGAUACAUAAAUUCUCCAUUAAUUUAUCAGAUACACAUCCCGAUCAACGGAAUCGAUAAGGAAAAACUAAAAUUCUUACCAUUGUUGUCAAUGCUGUCACCAUAUCCGUAUGAUCAUCAUGAUGACACGUCGUCGCCGUCGACUUGUCACUGCUACUAUAGCUCAUCAUCAUUCAUCUCCAAUGUAUGACCAUCGACAGCGGCAUCAAAAUUAUCCAAAAAUCAGACAGUUAACAGUUCAUCAUUUUCCAGUGCUCAUCUGGUUGUCAUUCACAUUCAUUUGGAUCAUAUCAAUUCAAAUAGCCAUAUGUUCAUUACAAAAUAACAAUGUCAAACAACGAAUAUAUGGCCAACCUGUAUCGUCGGUUAAGAAUCAUCAUUAUCAAAAUAAUAAUGAUGUAGAUGAGCAAAUGGGCUAUCCUGAAUUAUACUUAUCAGAUACAGCUUUUCGUCGGGCUGAAGAGAACAAUGUUAUAACAACCAAUCUCUGUGAUAAAGAUGGCUCUAUUGGUAUACACGCAUUAGGCAUGCAAUCCGAAAUAAUACCAGAUUCAUCAUUGUCUGCAUCGUCAGCAUUUGAAAUGUUACAUGUUGGCCCACAAAAUGCUAGAUUGAACAAAGAUAAAUCUGGUGGUGCCUGGUGUCCAUCAAAACAACUCGGUCCGGAUACAUCAGGUACUGAAUGGAUCCAAGUAGAUCUUGAUUCAUUACAUGUUGUUACUGGGGUAGCAACACAAGGUCGUUUUGGUAAAGGCCUUGGACAAGAAUUCACUGAAUGGUAUAGCCUCUUUUAUUCACGGCAAACAAUGCCAACUAAAUGGAUCAAAUGGAAAAGUUUAGAUGGCCGUACGAAUUUGGAAGGAAAUAUCGAUCCAAACACUGUACGGAAACAUCAUCUAUCAGUGCCAAUGGUGGCCGUAAGACAUGUACGAAUCGUGCCUGUAUCCAAUCACACUCGAACUGUGUGCCUUCGUUUUGAACUUUUUGGCUGCUCCUAUCAGGGUCCCAUAUCAUACACAUUGCCCGCUGCUCAUGAAGCUUUAGCUAGAAGAAAUCUCAACCAACUUCUUGAUCUUUCUUAUGAUGGUUCAAUUUCUUCAUCGGGAAUUUGGUCUGGAGGCUUAGGACAAUUGACCGAUGGGAUUAAAUCAUUGUCGGCGGUGAAUUUGAAAAUGAAAACACGAGAACAAAAUUGGCUUUGGGUUGGUUGGCCUAAAAUUGCCGACGGAAGUGAAGCAUCUUCAGUGACAAUGUCGUUUGAAUUUGAUCAAGUCUAUAAUUUCACAAGCAUAAGCCUUAACUGUCGUAAUGAUUUCAAACAGAAUAUAAAAGCCUUUACCAGUGCUUUGCUAUGGUUCUCAUUGGACUAUCAACAUUGGAGCCAUUCAGCCAUUAGUUUUGAAUAUCAAUCCGAUGAUAAUGCGAUCGACGAAUUCUCCAGAGAUAUAGUAAUUCCACUUCAAUAUCGAAUAGGACAAUUUGUAAGAAUCGAGCUUAUCUAUACCGAUGAAUGGCUACAAUUAAGUGAAAUAUCAUUCGAUUUCAAUCCAUUGCCAUCGAAUUUGACAUUCGAUCAAAAAAGCCAACUGUUUGAAUGGACACAUUCAGAAGCGUAUGCAGCAUCGGCCGCUGGUGGUGGUACUGGUAGCGGAACUCGUUAUGUUAUGAUGGCUGGACAUGAUAAUGCCAUACAGAAUCAUUCAUCCGAUCAUCAUAAUAACCAUCAUCAUAUGGGCAAGAAUAAAUAUCCUAUUGGCAGUGAUAAUCAAGAAGGUCAAGCACUUAAAUAUUCGUUGAUUAUUGCUUGUCUAUGUACUCUAGGUCUAGUCAUUAUUUCUCUAUUAACAUCAUUUGUAUUUAAAAAGCUCAAUCUUCGUAAAAAUAAUGUUUUCACGGAAAUUUCCGAUCCAACUGAUCUGGAAUCAGAAAAUGCUGCUAUUAAUAUGAAAAAUUUGCCUAAAGAAGGUGGUGCUGGUAGUUCACCAUUAUAUUGUUGCCCAAAAGAAAUUUGUUCCAUACAAGAUGAAGCUGAGUACGCUAUACCUGAUGUUAUAUGCCCGAGUAAUCUGUCAAGAACAUUAGCCCUACAUACGAACGACAAUCAUAGUGGCCAUCACGUUGUUGCGACAGCCAAUUCAAUCGUAUGUAAAACGAUCAACCCAAGAUUUUAUGCUUCGUCAGAUAUCAUACAUGCUAAGCAAAACAUUUAUGGUACACGAAUUCAGCCACCAAUUCUAGAUGUUGGUACACAUUUUCGUAAUAUCAAAAAUGGUUCCAUUCAAAAUGUUUUACAUCAACGACAAACACCAUUGUUGGAUACUUUUCGUAAUCCUAACCAGCACGGUAUUCAUUGUACACCUCAACGUACACAACCAUUCUAUGUGAAUGAUUUCAUCAGUGGAACUUUUGGUGUGCGAAUAUAUUCAGAAUCUGAAAUCGGUGUAAUACAAAGUUUGGGCAAAUCCAAAUUUGGAGAUAUCCUCUUGUGCAAUAUACCGGCAACGACAUCAUCAGCAUCACCCGCAACUACUACUGCUGUUGCCAAAACCAGACUCGUUAUCGUACGAACAGUGAAUGAUCUUGUUUUGAAAAAUGAAUUUAUCGAAUCAAUGGAUUAUCAACGUAAUAUUUCACAACAACAUAUCGAUGCAUUUGCACGCCUAUUAGGAAUCAUUGAAACGCCCACAUAUUUUGCAUCAAUAAUCGAAUAUGGUGAUUGUGAUCUCAAUUAUUUUUUGCGCAAGACUACCACGGAUAUCCUUAGUUUUGAUGCAUUGCUGUAUAUAGCCAGCCAGAUAGCCAAUGCCUGUGUUCAUUUGGAAUCGAUGAAACAGACACAUCAAGAUCUAGCUACACGUAAUAUGAUUGUAUAUGAGAAAAAAUUGAUGGUCAAAAUAACCGAUGGUGCUGUUCAUAUGGAUAAAUAUACUCAUGAUUAUUAUAAUGGUCUACCCAUACGAUGGAUGAGUCCUCAGUCAAUUCUACAUCAACAAUUUGAUAGUUAUUCUGAAGUGUAUUCAUUUGGUGUUUGUUUCUGGGAGAUAUUAAUCAUGGCUAAAUUUCGACCAUUUGCCGAACUAACCGAUGAACAAUUCCUGGCUAUGGUUUAUGCAUACAUGAAUCAAGGAGAACCAAUGGAUCAUCUACCGAGACCUUCACAAUGUCAUAAUAAAGAGAUUUAUCAAUUACUUCAAGAAUGUCUGGAUCCUGAUUAUACUCAAAGGCCAACAUUUAAAGAGAUUAGUCUCUUUUUACAACGUAAAACAUUGACGUUCACGACCAGCAAAUUGGCUCAAUAAUUUUUUAUCAUCUUCGAAUAUUUUUCAAUGACUAGUCUCAUCAUUUCUCAGUUUGAUCCGAAAAUCUUUAAAUUAAAUUGCUUAACGAAAUGUUAAUUUUUUGUUCCAAAUCCUGAUUAUAAAUUUGAAUCUCUGUACAUCGAAAACAAGCACACAAAGUGUUUUGAACUUGUCUGAUUUUUUUUUAAAUUUUAUGACUCAAAACGGGCAUUAUUUUUCUAUAUUAAUACACUCGAUUAUCAAUGAACUUAUCUCUCCCCCCCAUUUAUCCCGAUUGAUGAUGGAUAUUCAUUUUGAUUUUCUGUGAUAAUUACCAACACCAGUCCAAAUAUUCACUCUAAUCACGUGUUCUAAUCAUUCCACACACGCACAAAACAAUUGUUUUUAAUUGAAACCAAAUCUUAUUAUAUACCGCGGUAAAUAAAACUAACAAAAUCUUGCUUUUGUUUAUUUGAAUACAA